UUCAUAGUUCAAGAAAGAAGUAGCUGGAAGAUGAGUUCUGGAUCAAAGGGAACGAGAGGAGCAAGACUCAAAGACAAAGCUCCUGAAGUACGUAGUCGCCGUCGCUUGCAAUACCCUGUCACCUCGCUUCAAGGAAAAACAUUUUUCAUUCACGUACGGUCAGCAGUUAAAGCGAGGGAAGUGGAAAAGAAAAUCAAGGAGCUGGGAGGGGUGGUCGAGAAAUUUCUGAGUAAGGAUCUCUCCUGCGUUGUGACAGACCAGCCGAUAACAUCGCUCCGCCAAACGUCUCAAAAGAAAGAAUCCACUGACUUUGCCUUAUCGAGACUUCGGGGGCAAACUCGUGCUCAAGCCAUGCUCCAAAAGUCAGUUAAGCAAGAGAAGCGCGCAGUCAAGAGUACUGAUGUCUUGACCAAUGCACAGACGUGGGGAGUUCAAGUCAAACAGGUUGAGCUGGUUUUAAAAUGGAUUGAUGAGCAGAAGAAGCGACAAGCAAACGCUGAGUCAACUUGUCGCAUGUGCAGCCUGCGGGGAGCUUUCCUGAAAGUGGAAGAUCACAGUCGAGAAUACAAGCCACUUGUCAAAGAACUCAGGGUCUGGCCGCGGCUUAACUUAGACGCCCCACCCGGCUUCUCGCCAUUUGAUGAACCUGUGAGCAUGCGCACGAGAUCAAGAAGCUCAUCCAAGAGUCCACGGAGGAGUAACAGACGUAAGAUCACCCGGGAACCAACAGGAAGUGAAGACAAGAAGGGAUACUGUGAACUGUGUGAUGCAAAUUACGUGGGAAUAGAGAAACAUGUCACAAGUACACAACACAAGGUGACCGCCACACGGAGAAAUACUUACGCAGAACUGGACAGGCUCAUAGGACGAGGAAAGAGUUUGAAAGAGUUUGAAGAUGAAGUUAGGAGUAAUAGGAUGGGAGACCCAUCAAAGACAACUUGUGUAACAAGAUCAAGAACAAGGAGUAGGUCUCCCGUCGCAAUGAAAUCCACUACUGAUAAGAGCCAGGGGACACCAACAAAGCUGUCAUCUUCGCCACCAUCACGUAGGACCCCGAAGAGAAAGUCGGAGACUCAAUUGUCGUUCCGAGGAACGCCGAGUCCCCCUCGGAAGCCCGCACAGACGGUGACACCCCUCAAAGUUGUCCGAUUUCAAGACAAUCUAUACUCUGUCGUGAAAUCUACAAAGAAACGACGCCGAAACGACAACGACAGCGACUCCAGCCAUAUCAGCAGAUCAAAACGCAAGAAGACCGAUCGAUAUAGGAUUGUCGAGGCCACUCCGACGAAGAUCAGACUUCGUCGAAGCAAACGAAAGCGCAGGUCGACAGCAAAAGGAUCGUUGUUCGUCAGUCGAUCGCCAUAGAUACUCAUCAUGAUAAUUCUAUAUCACACGUAGUCUUAAGGCAUACGGAAUCACCUGACUGCCUUACAUAUUCUAACUUACCUAUGAAAAUACAGCUCCGAGGAUGCAGUUUUUACCGUAGAACAAGGCAUAGACAUUGCGUAUAUGAUGCACCACUUGAUUAUAAGCUGUACAAUGUACAAAUGUCCUAACUUAGAGUAUUUAUGGUAUAUAGGCAGUGCUGUAGAUUGUACAUAUACGUUGAAUGGUGUUUUUAUUUAAAGUAAAAUUCUUAUAAAAACAUGCUAUGGCUAUCAUACUAGACAAUCUCUUUGAUUUACCCGUCUCCUCUAAAAGAAAAUAUAUAUAUUGUAUAGUUUUAUUGCUCUCUCAAUUACUAGAUAUUUCUUCGUCGGCUAUCUGAGCGAAAUGCCACCCUAAAUCUUCGCUAA